AACAAGCAUGAAUCCAAGUGUUUUGAGCAACACUAUGUAUUCUUCCAGCGGCAUUUGCCUUGACGGCUGCACUGCAGAGCACUGCUCCUCUUUUCAACCAGACCCCUGGCUGUCAGAUUCUGGUGUGCCAGUUGACUCUGUGUUCAUAGACAAAGACAGCGAGGAGAUCAAAAUGCUCCCAGAGAGUGCUUAUUACAGCAGCAGUGAUGCUGCUUCAAGUUUGAUCUGUUCCGGUCAGCUGGAGCACAAUCCAACUAGAGACAGCACCGCUGGACAUUUAUCCACGAGAAGGCACCAUUCUGCUGCAUCCAGUUCUUGUAACCACUAUGACUGGAACUUAAACAGUGGCCAUCAAGCAAAGCGUGCCAGAGUAGAAAAUAUAAUCAAAGGCAUGACCAGCUCUCCUGGUAUGCACUGCACUGAUGUGAUGACAAAUCUGCACGAGGAGUCAGACGGCAUGCAGGAAAAUGAAAGGAUUCAAGAUCAGGAGCACAUGGAAAGUAGUGGAUCUGACUGCCAGAUGAAACGAAAGCAGCAGGAGAGUCAGCAUCAGCACCUCAGACAGCUCAGAACAAGGUUCAGACAUGUGGAUGGAGGAACCGACACUACAUACGGUAGGGACAAAGAUAAUCCCCCCUGGAAUGAUUCUUCUGAAGCAUCUCCCAGGGACGCAUUUAUAGAUUCACACUGUGAGUUUGAGAGCAGCUCAAGUAUAAAAUAUCAAGGAUGGAAGAAGGGAAACGCGGCAAACUACUUCCAAUCCAAAUCUGAAAGAAUAAAGCUGAUAGCCGAUGUUUUAAAGUAUGAACUGUCCAGAGCUGUCACUAGAAGUGUUGACUCUAUUUUUAAAAGCAUGCCACUUCUACAGCCAAAUGACGAGAUGAACGUAGAGACUGACAUUCCUCUUUAUUCACCAGUCGGUAAGGAUGAUAAAUUAAGAGUUUGUGGGAAGGCAGAGGUGCAAGUUCCAGAUGUUCAAACCGAAGCGCUGUCUCUGGUUGUACAAAAGCCUCAACUGGAAGGAGAUGACAAGUUCCUCCUCCAGUCCAGAUCAAGAGCUCACCAUCGUCCCAGUGCGCCAGUCCCCUUUGGUCGUGACUCCGCUCUGCACGAUGAGCAGCCGUCAGAGAAGAGUCACAGCACCGCCCUUCAACACACCCUCAGGUUCUUGCACAAUGGAUGCUCUGAAGUUGGUCAAGCGAAGUUUGAGGCAUUCGACAAUCAUUGGAAUUCAGUCAAAGUGAGAUCGAAGGUCAACUCCAGAUGUGUCAGAAGCCCACAGACUCGCACUGUGUCGGUGGAUCCCAUGCUGUUGGGAAGCCUGUGUCUCCCUCAUGUCAAGAUUGAGUCUGAAUGCCUGGUGAAGAAUAACCUGUACAUGCUGAAUGAGGGUCUGACCACACAUCAUCUGAAGAAAGCAAAGCUCAUGUUCUUUUACACCCGCUACCCGAGCUCUCUGAUACUGAAGAUGUGUUUCCAUGAUGUGCAGUUCACGCGCUGCAUCACCUCCCAGCUGAUCAAGUGGUUCAGUAACUUCAGGGAGUUCUACUACAUCCAGAUGGAGAAGUGUGCCCGGAACGCUCUUCUAGAAGGAGUGGCCGACGUGAGGGGUCUGACUGUGGAGAGAGAAUCAGACCUUUUCAGAGCUCUCAACAUGCACUACAACAAAGCCAACGACUUCCAGGUCCCUGAUAGAUUCUUGGAGGUUGCCAAAAUUACAUUGAGAGAAUUUUACAUUGCCAUUUCAAUGGGCAACGAUCGUGAUCCAUCGUGGAAGAAGGCAAUCUACAAGGUGAUCUGUAAACUGGACAGUGAUGUACCAGCUGAGUUCAAAAGUCUUCCCUCUGGAUGAGAACCAACCAGCAGAGAUCAUGUGCCACAGUGGUUACUGUCACAAUGUGGACUUACUUGUGCCUCAAAUAGCAAACUAUUUUGUUUUUCAGUAAGAGCAUGCUAUAGGUGAGUGACGUACAUGACUGGACACGUCCGGUCUCCACACGUACAGCACGGCAGACUGAUGUCUGACAUUAUCAAAGGCUUUACUGGCUGUUUUUGUUGCAUUAUGAGGUCAUUGGACAUAAUUUGCAUUUUGCUAUAUUAACCAUUUUAUAUAGUAAUAACACAUUUUGUAUGGUAUGGAUUGUGAAACCAUUUUAUUGGUGCAACACCACUUUGUUUUUGAGAAGCAUUGUUUCUUAAUAAGCACAAAAUAAGGUCCACACAAUAUGAGAAAAAAAGUAUUUAAUAGUCAGCAGAGCUCAUUAUUUUCAUUCUAUGUAUGUACAGGAUAUUUAAAAUGGAUGUUACAUGUAGUCUAAAAUUACUGAAUCAUUGAAUACGUCUAUUAUGUCUCUAACCCGCUCACCCCUUACAAACUGUUCUUAAAAUAGCAAUGUUUCUGUCUCUCUUCCAUACUUACCAUAAAAAUCCAUCCAUCCUUUUUCUAAAUGACACAUGGUGGCUGGCUGUCUGCGAGUAAUCACACAUGGUCUUCAUCAGAGGUUUCUUCAUAACUGAUGAAACUUGUUUUGUCUUCAGUUACUUCUGUAACAGCGUUGAUAAUCCAGAUGAAAAUUUGUCAUGGGGGAAAAUUCUGUAGUCUUCGUUCACAAAGGUACAAGUUUUGUAAAUGUAACAUGUAUCUUAACACUGAAUACCCCUGUUUAGUUAUUAACCAUGAUAAUCACACCGUGAGAUUGAAAUUUGGCUCCUUUGAAUUUCUCCUUUAAAGGCAUUUGAAAACUGAAAACCAACACAACCACUUCUAUGUGACAUUUACUUAUUAAUGACCUUGCUGUCAACAAUGAAUGACAACAAGGGUCAAACAGGCAAACUCUAGUACAUAUUAAAGCUUGGGUAGGCAGUUUUUGUUUUGGAAAAGGCAAAGCCCACGCUAGAAUUUGAAAAUACAGCCAUCUUCCUGAAGCUCCCCCCCCCCUGUGCUAAGCCCCUCCCACCAGACAAGCAUGUGCAUAUACACGCGCUUCAUACCUGUACGAGUACUAGUCAGUCAUUUUAAUCUUCUCGAUCAUGACUGUGAUCCCGGUGUCGUUAUAAAGUGCUAAUUCUAAGUGAACCACGGUUUUGUAUGCAAACCUGUGGGCCUGUAAAGAAAAUUUGAGAUGAAACACUGACACAAGUUCAUUUUAUAAUCAAAACACGUCAAUAUCGGCGAAGUGUUGCAGAGAUGGAGCGAAAAUGUGGCUAACCAUUUAGCCUCAUGCUAACCCUAGCCAUAAGGUUUUGCGACAGCCAUGAGCCUUUGGCUACGGUAAGCAUAAGGCUAAACUAUUUGAGAGAUUGAGAGAAAAUGUUGCCGUUAGCUUCUGUAAUUAAGCCGAAAAUUGUUUUGAGUUUCAUGACUUCCAAGUAUUUAAAUCAUUGUGUUCUAAAAGUUGCAAAAUUCACUAAAAGCCAAAUACAGUUCCUCCGUCUAGUGAACGAGCCUGAGACUGAGCAGAUGGGACGCAUGGUUAAAGGAAACGCAAGUGCGCUUUCUCUAUGGGCCCCAGAUAUGGAAGAUUGGGGCAUUCAACACAUGGAAGUCAAACUUUUUUGGCUUCAUGCGCCACUGAACAACUUUCAUAUGAAUAAACAGGGCAUCACCUCCAACGCUGUGUGCAAUUCUCCCUCCAAGACCUGGACAUGUAUCUGCAGAACAGGCCUAGAUUCUAAAGCCCGAAAACAGGUAAAAGGAAGACGUUUUCCCUCAGUCCACUUGAAUUACAAUAUUCUAUAAGGUUAUUAUAGAUUAGAUAGAUACCCAAUGACACAAAAAGAAAACUGCCUAGCCCAGCUUUAAAUGUAUCAAAAAAUGAUUGAACAAAGCAGUAA